ACACAAUGUGAUUAGUAGCACUGGAGUAUACGUCUGUAACCACAUCUGGGCAAAAUACGAAAAAACUUUUUCGACUACCCAAUAUAAGCAAAUAUAUGGGUAAGGAAUGACUUGGUAUUUAUCGCAACAUAGUAAUUUUUAUGAUUUACUCAAAUAUUACAUAACUACUCAACUUUGCAUUGCUAAAAUGUACAUAGUACCAUAUAAUGUAUGUACAUAUGUACAUUCACACCUCGAUCAGACUUAAUGGCAGUUGUGCUAAAGUAGGUAUGUGUAUAUUGUUCAGGUUACCAAUUAGUUACUGCGAUUUUCCUAAUGCCACUGCGUUGGGGCUUACACCGGCUAGUGUUUUCAUUUGCUUUGUAAAGAAGCCGGUGCUCGAGCGCUUCCUCUAUUCGAUGUUCGGCGAUGUGGCGGGCGCCCAACGCUUGCUUGAGCUCAAUUAUGCGCUGCGCAACAAGUAUGCGCACAUAUUUCUGCAACGCGAUCCCACGGAUCAAGAGUCGCAGCAGCUGUUGCAAGUCGCCGACUUGUUGCCUCUGCCUGGACUGACACCGGACAAAAACAAGCUGCUUUUGUAUCGUCUUAUCGAUUUUGAUGCAGAUAAGUUUAACUUUACGGCCAGCAUUAAGGUGUUCUUUAUGAUGGCCGACCUGCGAUUCGUCCUCCCCGACGAGGCGGGCAUGUGUGAUGGGGAGGUGCCCAUUUUCGACAUGGCCGGCUACAGUUUGCGGCAUGUUGCGCGCACAGUGCUCAGCUCGCUGCGUGUUUACAUGAAAUUCGUACAGGAGGCACACCCAGUGCGCUUGAAGGCCAUACACGUAUUGAAUUGCCCAUCUUAUCUGGAUAAAGUGUUGACGGUGGUGAAGCCCUUCAUUAAGAGUGAGGUGUUUAAGCUGAUUCACUUUCAUUUACCUAAUGCUGACACUCCCUACAAACAUUUUCCACGUGAUAUGCUGCCGGAGGAGUAUGGCGGUAAGGCCGGCACUUUGGCCGAUUUGAAAGAGAAAUGGACGGGACUACUCAUAGAGAAGAGGAAUUAUUUAAUGAACCCCGAUGCAUGGAAAAUCGACAAAAGCAAGAAAUCGAAAGCUGCAGUUCCCGAAGCAAACCGGCAGUCGGAUAGUAUAUGCCACAACUUGAAAACACUGGAGAUUGAUUAGAUAAUUAAGUUUGCUUUGUAAAUUUGUAUAAAUACCAUAAACCUGUAUGUAAAAAUAUUUAUUUUUAUAAACGCUUGGGUUUUAUGAACAAAACUGUACUCAAAAGUCGGCA